AAAUGGUCAUCGCCUGUGAUAUGUCAUUAACGCGUUUGGCAUUAAACAGGAGUUCAGCACCAUGGACAAGAUCAACCAACAAAACUCCAACUUAAAUCUGAAUUUCAUAAAGAAGACAUAAAGUAAGUUUCGCGCGUGGUGCAGUUUGGAGAGGGGUAUGGAGAAACAGAACAGGCUGACUGUCAUCAAUAAAAGAAUUAUAUAGGCCUAGAGCCCGGUUACUAAAGCGAGCUAGUAAGUAAUUUAUUUUACUAUUUUUACGCGACUAACAGUAUAGAGUGUCUUGGCCAAGGGCACAAUGGUGAUAGAACCCUCGUGCGGUUUGAACCAACAUCAUUUCAGUCAUCAGCCCGGAUAUUUAACCACUAAACGACAGCACCCAGACACCGACUGUGAUGUUUAAGAAAAUCAACGCAGUUUUCCGUCCGAACCAUCUUGGGCCUCGUUCACGGGACAGGUUCAGGUCCAAUGAGGACUACCACAGCGCAUGCACCGUGAAACUGGUCCGGAGCACGUCGAUGCUCGUGGUCGGGGAGAGCAGUCGCGCGCAGCAGGACUCCACACUGAAGCGGAGCGUGAGCGCCGUGAGUGUCCAGUCCAGCACGGCCCUGUACUACUACCAGAGUCGAGAGGACCGAGUAUGGCUCUAUUCCCAGAACCAGAACUGCUUAGAGUACUUACAGGAACUGGUCGCGCUCAGGCGUCAGUACACCAAGAGCAUCAAUGACCUCAAGAACGGCGAACGUAAAGAGACCGUGUCCCGCAAGAAGAACCCCGCACCCAAGCCACCGCAAAACAGAGCUGCACAGACUUCACGGCCUGAACCUUCUGCUCCACCAAUCCCAAAUGAGGAAGACACACUCCAGUUCUUUGAUGCAGUCAUUGCAAGCUGUGACCCAGAACCCAGUCGAAAACCACAUGUGGACAACGGACAUGCAGACGUGGACUUUAUAGUGGCAACCAGCACCAGUGAGCAUGACCUUCACUCUAACUGGGUGCUUCGGGACCCUCGUCGAAUCUCCAUGAUGGAGUCACAGCCCAAGAAUUCAGAUAUCAGUCACGGGCAAGCGGCCCAGCGGAAGGGAGACAUGGGAAGCACAGGCAGCAGGAGACGUCUGCAACGAAACCCUAUCCACCUGCCAAAAGUGGUAGAGAGUGCCUUUCAGACUCUGCGCUUCAAACCCAAGCUCAAGAAGAAAGACUAGCUGCUUAAGCAACAGCUGUUAUUCCGCUGUUUGUGCCCAGAGGACAACUAAAUCUUCACUGUUGUGUGAUCAAGUUGGACCUGGUAGAGGACUUGAGCUCUGUGACACAAUGUCAGUGCUUACUCACUGCCCGAGCUUCAUAAAUUAUCCACAGCAGAUUAGAUUAUCUUUUUCAGUAGCUCUUGGUAGAAAAUGCUUAAGGCCAUCAGCAGAGCGUAACCACUCUGCUUGAUGUGGAUUCAUCCUGCACACUGAUUCCAGACAGAGCAACUGGAAUUUCCUUUUCACAAUAACUCAGAUCUGAGGAUCACCUGUCUGAUGAACCAGUCAGAUAUCAGACAGGGAUCAGACAUAUGAAUGAUCCAAAACACAUCAAGGCCAAGGGGCCAGCUAUGUACUGCCUAGUUACAAUAAGUGAGAAGAAUUUAUUAACCAAAUGCAAAACUGACACCUGUAUUUUCCACAUUUGUUAAAUCUAAUCUAAUACAGUAAUACUUUAUAUGACAUCCCUCAAGCUGGUAGGUGCCUUCGUUGGUAGGUUUGUACGUUCUUUUUUUAUGAAUGUUUAUGAUGAUUUGUGAUUAUCUGCAAGUAUAUCAAUAAUCAAGAAAAGAAUGCUAAAUCGUGUUAAGUACUUGAACUAGUUUAAGUGAUGUAUUUCUACUAUUGAGACAGUUUUUUUUAGCCUUAAAACCUAUAAAGAGGAACUAGACACGUGAAUUCAGAGCUAAAUAGGGCUGGUUUCUUUUUU